UUUGGAGGAUAAAAUAUUUAAAAAGCUCAAAUUAAAAAAUAUUUCAACCAUUCGUGGUCCAAUAAUUGUCGUAAGGAUCUUGUGAACGAAAGCUGUUGUCCUCUUAUCAAAACUCUUGUUGAAGUGACAGACGGCUGUGUGUUAUGAAAGCUAACACGCCAUUGGCUAAAAAUUAAAAUAUCUUCUCUUGACAUGCGGUUAUUGGGUAAACAAAGGUUAAAAAACUGACUUAGUAGUCAGGGGAAUAUAUUAUAUAUAAGUAUACAUAUACAUAUGUAUAUGUAACAUAAACACGCUUUUGAAUGAGACGCGAGAGCUGUGAGCAAUAAUGGAUGAAAAUGAAAAGGCAGUUGAUGGCACGAAGAAAAAAGAGAAAGACGAAACGACAAAGCCAGAAAGCGUAGAAGCAUUUCUGCAAGACAUGCAUUUCCUGCAGAGGAUUGUCACAUUUCUAAAAUACUUUGGAUUAUUUCUUUUUGUGUGGCUCCUUGGUUGGCUUGGGUUUAGCUGUCAGUGGGUUCUGUUUGCGGCAAUUGGUUAUUAUGUAUUAAAAACCAAACAGGAGAAGCGCGAAUGGAAGCAAAAAGUCGGACAAGCUUUGGCAAAAGACGAAGAAGAGGUUAUUCGAGCUCGGUUGGGAGAUUUACCAUCGUGGGUGUUUUUCCCAGAUGUAGAGAGGGCAGAAUGGUUAAACAAGUUUGUUGCACAACUCUGGCCUUACGUGAAUGAAAUGGUGAUUAAAAUUCUCAAGGAAACAGUUGAACCCAAAAUUCAGGAAUCUGUGCCCGGAAUGUUAAAGUCGAUUUAUUUCACAGAAAUAUCUCUUGGAAAUCGGGCUCCUCGUAUUGGGGGAAUCAAAGUUUACACUGAAAAUGUAAAGCGAUCAGAAGUGAUAAUGGACGUUGAUGUCAUAUAUUCUGGUGACGCAGAUUUUGAAUUAUCUGUCAAGUGCGUAACUGUAGGCAUUGAAGAUGUUCAGCUUCGAGGUACUCUACGUGUCAUCAUGUCUCCACUUGUUCCUGCCUCUCCACUGAUUGCUGGUAUCUCUGUGUUUUUCUUAGAUCAACCGGAAUUGGAUUUCAACCUUACAAAUCUUCUUAAUAUACUUGAUGUACCAGGUCUCAGUAACAUCCUGCGUGGGGCUAUUGGCGAUGUCAUUGCAUCAUUCUGUGUCCUUCCAAAUCGAAUUACAAUACCAUUAUUAAAUGACAGCAGCAUAUUUGAUUUGAAAUAUCCUAUGCCAAAGGGCGUGAUCAGACUUGAAGUAAUUGAAGCACGUGAUUUGGAGAAAAAAGAUAUUGGGUUCCUAAAGAAAGGGUCAGCGGAUCCAUUUGUUGUUGUUAAAAUUGGAUCCGAAUCAUUUCAAACUGAAGUGAAGAAAAACACGCUUUCUCCGAACUGGAGUGAAACAUUUGAGUUUUUUGUUGAUUUCCCAAACGGACAGAAGAUUCGGUUACACCUUUUUGAUUACGACAAGGCCUCCGAUAACGAAUCAAUGGGAUAUAUCGAGUUGGACAUAUCCGCUGUUGCUGCGCAAGGAAUUGUGGAUUUGUGGAUGCCACUGGAAGAGACGAAGUCGGGAGAAUUGCACGUGAAAUGUACAUGGUUUACCUUAUCAAGUGAUCCUAAAGAUUUAGUCGUUGCAAAACACGAUGAGAAAAGUGAUGAUCUACUAGCUAAUGCAGCAUUGUUUGUAAAAUUGGACUGCGCAAAGAAAUUACCGGUUGCAAACAAAGUGAAACGAUCAACAAGUGCAAUGUGUAAACUAACGUUAGGGAAUAAGACUGUUCAAAGCCAGGUUGUUGAAGAUACUUUGAAUCCUGUGUGGGAUGAAUUUUAUCGUUUCUUGGUUUUUAAUGCAAAAUAUCAAGAACUGAACAUUGAGGUGAUUGACAGUAACAAAGAGAAGAACAUCGGCGUGUCGGAGAUUCAGUUGAACAGUUUGAUCGAUGCUGAAGAUAUGUCGGUUGAACAGCCUUUUCUACUUCGUGAUUCCGGUUAUGAAAGUUCUGUUGUGUGUGAACUAAAACUAAGGGCUCUUGUAAACAGAAAAGUUAAUUAUGAUGCGUGCGAGAUUUCAGAACAAAGUGAUGCUAAAUCGGAAGCAAAACAAGCUCAAACUUCUCAAGAGGAAGGGAAACCUGUUCCCAUUGCAGAGAAAGUAGGAAGUGAAGAAACCGCUAAUGUCCGUCAAAGAAAGCCUGCUUCUGCCCCGACGGAACCUGAUUCCAAACCGACAAUAGAGUCCAAACCAUCUCCCGGGGAACAAACUGGUGAAAUUGAACUAUCUAUUACACAUAAAGACAAGAUACUUACUGUCGUUGUCCAUUCAGCAAGGGGUUUACAACCUUGUGAUUCGGAUGGUCUUGCUGAUCCGUAUGUGCGGAUGUAUCUUCUUCCCGAAAAAUCAAAAUCUUCUCGUCGCAAGACAGAGGUAGUCAAAAAUUCAUUGGAACCUAAGUUUAAUGAAAGUUUUGAAUGGACUCUGGAUAGAAACGAAGUUCCUAAGAAAAGUUUAGAAGUAAUUGUGAAAAAUGAUGUCUCAUUUUUCUCAAGAGCCAAGACAACGAUGGGAAGAAUUGUUUUGGAAUUGUCAUCUUUGAAUAUGGAGAAAUCUGAUGCCACAUGGUAUCAGAUUUAUGAUGACCCUGAUGACAGUGAUUAAACGCAGGGAUACGCAGCAGUAUAUUUACAUGUUUCCAUCUGCACCACUGUUUUUGUUGAAUAGCGAUAUAGUUUUGUAAAAUUUAGCGGCAAUUACAUGACCAAUAGUUGGAAUUUAUGUUUCAUCUAUAUAUCAGUUUAUUUCAUUCGUUUCUAGAUUGUUAGUAUAUUGUAUCAGAAAUAAAAAAAUGCACUAAAUAUGCUGCCAUGUGUAGACUAUUUUGACUUAAUUUAAAACGAAUAUCAAACGAAAAAUUUCGUUCGACCGAAAAGCUCAUCCUAGUGGAAUUGAGAACAGUCAAGUUUGAUUAAUACAUUUAU